GGCCAUCCAUCUACUUUAGCUCCCCCGCGGUCGCAUUUACCUGCUCAGGUUUCUCGCACGGCCUCAGGCGAAUCGGAACUAUUGAAGACACCGUCAUCUCUGGCACCGUCAAUGCUGCACAAAGUACCUGUCACGCGUUCUGCUUCUCAACCCCCUAGAACGAGAGAGCCGUCAUUGGAGGAUAAAGAUCCAAAGAAGAAAGGAGCAGGAUUCUUUGGUGGUCUUUUCCGAGCGAAAUCAACCUCAGUAAAGCCACAAGAUGAAGAUCCUACUCCUGGGCCGACGUUAAGCAGAACCACAUCCCGACAGCAAGCUCCAGAGCUAAUGGUCCUAGCCAAUGUAAAGCCUUCAAAAAUGUCGUCUGGAUCUAAAGCCAAGUUCCCAACCAGCGAGAGUGAGGCUGUAACUACCCCCGUAGCCACGACCACAUCUGCGCAUCCGACUGCUAGGCUAAAAGCGAAAGCUCCAGCACCACUCACAAUACCCCCCUCCGCGCACACACCACGCGAACGCAAGGAUUCUGCUUCCAAGGUGUUCUCGCCAUUCAAGUUCCUCACAUCCAAGAGACAUCAGACAGUUUCAGCUGCCUCUCUUGAAGCGAUGGAUGGAACGGCAAGUAAUACCGCUGUGGGCUCGCCAACUCAAUCUACUGCUAGUCAAAUCCCUCCUGUUCCUCUCCUCACGCCUCCGCCUUUGCGCGAUCCCAUUCAGGCCACUCAUGAAUGGAUUAG